AUGAGACAUUUUGAAAGUGGAUGCUCACCCCAGUCGUCGCGUAUAAAUGAAAUACAGUCGGAACAUACGUCCGGGCACGAGGUAGAAAUUGAACGUCCUACUACUGUGAAGUGUAUCCUUAUCGGUGACAAGCAAGUUGGGAAAACAAGUUUGGUGGUUAGCUAUACUUCUAAUGAUUAUCCAGCGGAAUACAAGCCAUCUGCCUUAGAUACAUUUUGUGUCGAAGUGUGCGCUGAUACACGACCAGUGCAUCUACAAAUCUGUGAUGCAGGAGGCAAAGAAGAAGUUAGUUCUUUGAGGCAUCUUUCCUAUUUGGAUGCACAUGUUAUCUUGCUGUGCUUCUCCGUUAUUCGACCAGAUACUUUUAGAUCCUUGAAAACUGUUUGGUUGAAAGAACUAGCAUCUGCACCUAUCAUUCUCAACAAUGCUGCUGAACAAACUGCUUCAAAAUUAUUCGGAUUAUCCACAAGAAGACAUUUUGAUUGCCUUUCAUCGUCAGUAACAACUAAAUCAAAAUCUUCUGUACAUACUAAUCGUGAAUCGAAAAAUCUAAAUGAAGCUAGUUUAAUACCGGGUCCUACAUUUCUUCUUAUUGGUUGUGCAUGUGAUCUACGUAAUGAUAUUGGACGUUUAUUAGAACUAUCUAAAAUUGGUGAAGAACCGGUAGAUAAAGAGAAAGCCGAAUGUUUGGCUAUUGAAUUAGGCGCUGAAGCGUAUGUUGAAUGUUCUGCAUUGACUCAGAAAAAUCUUAAAACUGUUUUCGAUCUAGCUAUUUGGUGUGGUCUUAAAGUAGCUGAUUUAGGUGGCCCGGCAUUAUUACGUGAACCUAAAUCUAAUGAGUCGGUAUUAUGUAAUGGAAAUUGUACAGAAGCUACUAAUAAGGAUAA